UUUGUCUGGUCCACGAACGAGACUAAGCCAGGACUGGAUGCCUGCAGAGAAAACUACUCUCAUCCUCCAGUGCCUUCUGUUAUAGCUAUCAUUGUAGUCUGAUUUCUGAAGCCUGCCCAAUGAAACCACCACCAUAUGUGCCACAACCUAAUGCGUCCUUGUUGGAGACACUACGCAUACACCCUGCUUCAGGUAAGAGCAGUCCAUUAGCUUCUGCUUUCAACAGUUAUCUCUACAACAUAGCCAUGAACAUCAGAGUGACUGAGUGUUGUCAUAAGCUGUUAAAAAUA